GUAAAAGCCUUCCAUUGGAUGUUGAGUUUUCCUGCAAUUCCGAAAAUAAGAUUCCGUGAUUUUGCCUGAGACUCAUGCCAAAUCUCCUAAGUGUAUUUCCAUAACAGCACAGUUAUUAGUGGUAUCAAAGCCGUUCAAUUCCAUGGCCGUAAAGCUUUUCAAAUUUGAUGGGCGUAAUGCAUCAGCCUGGGUAAGGAAUGCCAACAAAUUUUUCUCCUUUGAACGAAUACGUUUGCAAUGGAGAGUGCCCUUAGCAGCAUGCUACCUGGAAGGGGAGGCGUUAUUUUGGUUCAAGAAAGCAAAAAGUUCGGAUUUUGAGGCAUGGGAAGAAUUUGUAGAAGCCCUUCAAGCAAAAUUUUCGCAAGAGUGGCAGCAACAACAGCGAGAAAAUGUCCAAGAGUUAAGAAUGGAUUCCUUGGAAGCAAAAUUGGAGCAAUUGAUGGGGAUGGUUACAGCUUUAGGCAGGGAGACUGUUUGGAGAAGCCAGGAGGUGGGCAAGGAAGAGGUAAGAGUGCAACAAUGGGGUAAGACUGUAGCUCUUGCCUAUCAUGGUCAGCAAGUUGGGAGACAGCAAGAAGAAAUUAAGUCUCGUUUGAAUGAGAAUGUAGAGACCCAAGAAAAAUUCAAGAAAGGAGCAGAGAAGUGUGACCAAACAAAUCAAGAAGUCAAGGACACUGACAAGUUGGAUCAAGAAAAAGAAGAAACAGAAAACAAGAUGAUGCAAGAAACAAAUCCGGUUGAAGGUAAUCAACAUCUCUUCGACCAAAUGAUUCAACCAAGCCAAAAGGAGUUGAGCCUCUCAGAAUCUAUCGAAGUGAAGGUAAUCCCAAAUUCAAUUUGUAGCACCAAAUUCUUGAAAAAAUUCCGCCCCUUUACCACCAAAUUUUUGAAAUUUCAACAUAAUGGUAAGACUUAUCAUGAUGAAGAUUACGUGUUUGAUAAAAUGCUGGAGUCGGAAAUAGUGCUAAUGAGGGAUAUGUGUUGGGAUUAUGAGUGGUGGGUGUUUAAGAUAGGUUGGAAGCAAAAGACUGUACAGCAGGCUGAGAUUGAAUCUUGGAGUUCGUUUGUGUUUCAAUACUCGAAGGAGGAUGAUGUGCAUGUUGUUUUUUUGAAACAUCGAUGGCGCUGGAAGAAGAGAAUGUGGACUGGGAUGGAAGGGGCACAGUUGUCAAGCUUUGGACUGCAUUUGGGCCUUGAGCUGCAUUGUGUUUUUUGGCAGCUUUCUUUCAAUUGCACACAACAACCGGUUGAUAUUGGAAGAUGAAAGGACACACUUGUGAAGGCAGACACUAGUUUAUUGCUUUUCUAAAGUAGAGGGACACAUGGAGAUCGUAGAGAAGCUUAUGGGUAACAAUGGUUUACAGCUGGUUCCAACUAAGAAUAAAGACAAGCACAUGCAAUAGAGCUUCGAGAAGGGAGGAGUGUUAUAUGUGCCUUUUGUAAUGGACUAUUAGCCGUGUCUGAAUUCAUUUUGUUUCAAGUGCACCUUGUGGGCAAGCUGCUUUGAAGAGGUGAGUAGUGUAAUAGGUACAGUUAUAAUAUAAUUUAGCUAGUUUAGAAGGUUAUAAUACAGUUUAGUAGUUGAGAAAGGUUAUAAUAUAGCUUAAUUAGUUGAAGUAUUAGUUGAGGAAGGAUGUAUAAAUAGCCUGAAUGAGAAUGUAAUCAAUAUCUUGAUAGACAAUUAUUUAUUGUGAACUUGAAGUUUGACAUACUUGAACAUGCUUAAGAGGUUAAGUAACCCUCGAAGUUACUUAACUUCUUCUCA